AGUAUGCAUGCAACAACUGAAGAGGGACUUUCCUGGUGGAUAGUGUCCUGAAGUGUCGAGCCAUUUCUUUGAUUGGCUUUUCUCUGUCUAGACGCUCAAAUUUGAAGCAAGCAUGAGUUACAGGACCGUGGUGAUGUACAUGGAAAUCGGCUGCUUUGUAGUUUGUGUAUCAGGAUGGAUUCUGGUUUGUUCUACCAUGCCUAUAGAGAUUUGGACCUGGUCUGAGGUAGACAGCAUCGUCUUGACCACUUCAAACUACUUCUCCAACCUGUGGAAAGAUUGUGUUUCAGAUUCAACUGGAGUAUCUGACUGCAAAGGAAUCCCGUCAAUGCUUGCAUUGCACUGGGAAAUUCACUUCUGCCGUGCUCUCAUUAUCAUCUCCAUAAUCCUGUCUUUCUUCGGAUCAGUUCUGGUGUUGGUAGGGAUGAAGUGCACUAAGAUUGGGGGUACAGAAGUAAUUAAUGCAAGAGUUACCUUUGCUGGGGGGAUGAACUACCUUAUCGGUGGGAUGUGUUCUAUGGUUGCUUUCUCAUACUAUGGAAAUAAAAUUAGAGCAGAAUUUCAAGACCCUUUGUUCAAAGCUCAGAAGUUUGAAAUAGGGGUUGGCGUCUUUAUUGGCUGGGCAGGCUCUACCUUACUUGUUGUUGGAGGCCUUAUUUACAGUAUCUUUGCAGGCAGGGAAGGAUGCCAAUCAAGCCCUGAAAGAUACCCCGCCUACCAGUACCCUGACGCCUACAAAGUUGUUCCAACAAAAAAGAACAUUACUUCAUCUGUUCCUUCAGAGACAAGUGGGAGCAGGAAGUCCAAGACCACCAGUGGCAGCAGAGGCAGCAGCAUCUCUGGGAUCACUGAUACCAUCAGGACUAGUACUGCAUAUGUGUGACGCCUUUUCAAAGCAGCAAAAGAUGAUGUGCCUCUGUCGCACAAAUCUAAAAGGCUUAUUUUAAGGGGAGCAACUGUUGUUCAACAAUGUGCAUGUAUGCAUCAUUUUCACGAGACACUUUAGUGGGUUUCUAAUUAUUUAUUUAGCUUUAUUGUUGUAGUAAGAGCGAAUAAAUUGACUGUUUUGUAA